AUGGGUUUGGAUCCUGCUAGAGGCCACCAUCGACGUCGGAGCUCGGUUCUUGCUGGCGCUGGACCUUCAUCACAAAUCUCUUCAGGGCCGGGGGAGCAAAGGGAGGACGGCCAGCGCGAAGAUCAGAAGCCAUUGAAUCUGGAGGAGCCGGACUGCUCGGAUCUCUCAUCUAUUGCAGAGAGCGUGGAGAUGGAUUACAUGAGUUCUGACAACGAUCUUCAUGAUGACGAGGAGACGGGUCUUACGGCGAAGCAACGACGACAACGACAACGGCGACGACGGAAACAGCGGAGACAGUUGGAUGCUCGGAUUGCAGAUGUCAAGACCUCGCAGCACAAUCCGUAUGGCUUGGGUGUGGCUGAUAGAACCGUGAUGAAGCGAUUGCUGGCCAACGCCUGUCUGAUCGGGCUAUGGUAUUUCUUUUCGCUAGCCAUCUCCAUCUAUAACAAGUGGAUGUUCUCGGAUCGAGCCAACGAGGAGGAGAAGGUGGUGUUUCCUUUCCCGCUAUUUACCACCAGUUUGCAUAUGGUCGUUCAAUUCCUGCUCUCCUCGUGUAUCCUCUGGCUGUUCCCUUCUUUACGACCUCGCAGCUCGUCUCUGUCCACUGCCGCUCAUGGAUCCUCAGAUGAACCCAGGCCGGUGGUCACAAAGAUGUUCUAUUUCACUCGUCUGGUUCCAUGCGGCGUAGCGACGUCGCUCGACAUUGGCCUCGGCAACAUGUCGCUGCGGUUCAUCUCACUCACGUUCCUCACCAUGUGCAAAUCCUCUGCUCUUGCCUUUGUGCUUCUCUUUGCUUUUGUGUUCCGCCUGGAGGCUCCAUCUCUUAAACUCAUUAUCAUCAUCGCAACGAUGACCAUUGGUGUGAUCAUGAUGGUGGCUGGGGAAACCGCCUUCAAUGCGGUUGGCUUUGCAUUGGUCAUUGCAUCCGCUUUCUUCUCGGGCUUCCGAUGGGGGCUCACCCAGAUCCUCCUCCUUCGCCACCCUGCCACGUCAAAUCCGUUCUCAACACUCUUUUUCCUCAACCCGGUCAUGUUCCUUUCUCUUAUUGUUAUAGCUCUUACAGUUGAGGGCCCUGUGGAGAUCGCACAAGGCUUUAGAGCUCUUGCAGAAAGCCAUGGAAUCUCACACGCGAUCCUCCUUUUAGUCUUUCCCGGGCUGCUGGCGUUCUGUAUGAUUUCUUCCGAAUUUGCGCUGCUCAAACGCUCGUCAGUCGUCACCUUGAGCAUUUGCGGCAUCUUCAAAGAGGUAGUUACAAUCAGCGCUGCUGGCGUCGUUUUUCAUGACCGACUCACGACAGUCAAUGUGACUGGGCUGGUUGUUACGAUCGGCAGCAUCGCCUCAUACAAUUACAUGAAGAUCUCAAAGAUGCGCAGCGAGGCCAAGGAGGAUGCCUUGGACCGAAGCCCAAACCCUGGAUCCGAUUCAGACGACUUUAGUCCCGUGCAGGACGGUCGCGGUGAGUAUCGAGGCCUUCUCAAUUCCGAGGAAGGAGCCACGAACCCUUCCCGAGACUCUCGCAACACCUCUCCAUCCGAGGGGGUUUCUGGUGGUCGGAACUCGUUCCGUGUUCGUACGAGCGGUGCCAGCAGUGGUGUACAGAGUCUGUCGAUUCCCACUCCAGGCAUUGGGGAACAGGAUCGCCAAAUCUCUCCUCGUAUAGUGUCUGCAUCCCCCCUAAAGCACACAUUUGGGGGUCCCGACCAUGACCGCUCGCUCCGUCCGAUUGAACGUGGUUCAAGCCCUGGAAGCCAUUCGGCUUCUUCUGUCUCCCCUGAACGCCAUGCGUGA